CUCUCAGCUGCCCGUGGAGGAUCUCACACCGGAUAUCCGUCGAGCCUGUCGCGAACUUAACGCGUCCACCGUGGCCGUUGAGGAUGUGACGGCUCGUACAGUUGUUGUCAGGACAUUGCGCAGUCAUCAUAAGUUUUUGAAGAGCCGAACGAUGACUCUGAAGAUACUGCUGGAAAUCCUGCUUAUCGCAGCCGCGACCUCCUCUGUUCUAUCAUCGUCGGAGGAUCAUCAUCGAGUACUCUUGCGUAGUCACAGAAUAGUUUUGCCAGUUUGGUAUCACAACAGAUUACCCCAUGCUAGGCACGAUCACCUUGAUAACGAAGGCGUCGUCCGAGAGACAACUACUACUACUAUGAAAAAUCCGUGGACGCUGCGGUCACAGGUUUCCACGACAAAAUCAUCACAACAGAUAAAUUCGGCAUCGAGGCAUAUAGAGCAACGGAUGUUAGAACAAAAGUUCAAUGGUGCUGUGGCGAUGGCGGAGAAUGGUGGUACCAGGGCAAUAGCGUACGCGGGUUAUCACGGUAAUCAUCGGCAUCAACCAAGGGAGAUGGGCACGCAAGGCUAUCAGCCGAUUAGCACAACUGUCCCCACGUACACCAGACAUCAUUCAGGGAGACGAGUAUGUAACAGGCAAGCUCCCGCAGUUUCUCAUCAUCAUCGAGGAAGGCAAAUUAGAUUAGUAUACACUGAGAUGACUUCCAAUUUCUUUUGCUGCCCGGGAUGGUCACAAGUUACUCAUUUGAGUUUUGGUUGUAAUAAACCUACGUGUCCAAUGCCAUGUUUGAAUGGUGGAACUUGCACAUCGCCUGGAAAAUGCACGUGUCCCAAAGGAUUCACUGGUAAUCAAUGUCAAACAGAUGUGGAUGAAUGUGUGAUAGAAAAACCAUGCGGACAACUUUGCUCAAAUUUACCUGGUAAAUAUCGAUGUCACUGUAGAGUCGGAUUUCAACUUCAAGAGGAUGGCCAAUCUUGUCGAAGAAAUGACACCGACGAAAAUGCAUUUGAAGCACGCGAUUUGGAAACCGAUGAUGUGUCCACAACAAAGGAUCCAACAACUUUUCACGAUACAGAAAAUGAAGUAAGCGAUGAUGAUCAAGACUACGAGGUCAUUUUAAAGAGGUUGAUCAAAUUGGAAAAGCAAGUAGCCAGAAACAGAAAGAGAGAUACAGAGGCUUCUGAGAUGAACACCAAAGUUACAUUGGCAAUUGAAAGUGUUAAUGAGAUGAAGAGAACCGUCGAAAAUGUGCAACUGAUGCAACAAGAAGUAUACGAUAUGAGAAGCAAGAUGAGACAAUAUGAGGCAGAAAUGAGAAAGAUACAUCAUCUGAUGAAUCGUGUCGCGGAAUUAGAAAAUCGUUUGAGAAUACGUUGCAGAUAUCAAUAAAUCGUGGAUAGUUAAACUUUUAGCGCUACUAAAGCAUUGUUAAAAUGAUCAA